UCGCUUUGCGCAUUGCAGGCAGCCAGUUGAACUGUUUCCACCACAUUUGCGUUUUGUCAGGCCGAAGUUGGUUCGUUUUGGGGCAGUUGUCUUCCUGACUAAAGGCUCGCAACGGAUACAUACACUGCUGACUGAGUGAAGACAUUUUCGUAAUGGGUGGAAGCAAAUGCUUCGCCCUUCUUGGGCUGUGUGUUAUGGCUGCCCUGGCCACAGCGGACAAAGGAAACUAUCUACUUGGACGGGGAAUGUUUGAUAUGACAGGUCCCGCUGGUGAAAUCAAUUUCAUGGGAUAUGGCAACCCGGCGCAGACUGGAGAAGGAAUCCACACGCGCCAGUUCUCACGUGCAUUCAUCAUCGUCGAUGCCGCCACCGAGCAACGCACCCUCUUUGUUAGCAUUGACGGCUGCAUGGCGUCACACGUCGUCACCACAAAAGCUUUGCUGGAGCUGGAGAAGCUGUAUGGCAAUCUGUACCGUGCUGAGAACACCAUCAUCAGCGGUACUCACACCCACUCUGCACCGGCCGGUUUCUUCCAGUACGUUCUCUACGACAUCACCAGCGUCGGCAUCGUGCCCCAGGCCAUCGAUGCCUACGUGAAAGGUAUUGUGCGCUCAGUGCAGAUUGCUCACGAGAACUUGCAGCCCGGCAACAUCCUGAUGAGCUCUGGUAUCCUGCUGAAUGCCAGCAUCAACCGCAGUCCAAGCUCCUACCUGGAUAACCCAGCCGAAGAGCGUGCACGGUAUGAUGCCAAUACUGACAACCUGAUGACUCUUCUCAAGUUGGUCGGCGCUGACGGCAAGCCCCUGGGUAUGAUCAACUGGUUUGCCGUGCACUGCACCAGCAUGAACCAUAGCAACCGUCACAUCAGCAGUGACAACAAGGGGUAUGCUUCACUGCUCUUUGAGGAGGAGAUGAACGAGGGUGCUCUUCCCGGUCAGGGUGACUUUGUCGCAGCCUUUGCUCAGACCAAUUUGGGCGAUGUGUCCCCUAACACGCGAGGCCCACACUGCAUGGACACGGGUCUGCCGUGUGAGAAGAACCACAGUACUUGUGGAGGACGUACUGAGCUGUGUGCUGCAAGUGGUCCAGGUGUGGAUAUGACAGACAGUACUCGUAUCAUUGGAGAGAGACAGUUUGUCAAGGCCAAGGAGCUGUACAAGAGUGCCAAUAUCAAGCUUGAGGGCCCCAUCGCCUUCCGUCAUAGCUACAUUGACAUGACCAAUCAGACCGUGGAGCACAAUGGCGACAAGGUCCAAACCUGCAAGGCUGCCAUGGGUUACAGCUUCGCAGCUGGCACCACCGACGGACCAGGAGCUUUCGACUUCACACAAGGUACCGUCAAGGGCAACCCAUUCUGGACUGCCAUCAGCGCUCUGAUGAAAAGCCCCUCCGCCGAGCAGAAAAAGUGCCAGCACCCCAAACCCAUUCUGGUCGACACCGGCGAGAUGUUCACGCCGUUCCCCUGGCAGCCCGCUGUCGUCCCCAUUCAGCUCGUCCAGGUCGGUCAGCUGCUGAUCGUGUCCGUGCCCGGUGAGUUCACCACCAUGGCUGGACGGCGUCUGCGCCAGGCCAUCAAGAAGGUGGUCGUCUCACACGGCUGGGGAGAGAACACCACGGUUGUCAUCGCCGGUCUCUCCAACCUCUACUCCAGUUACAUUGUCACUUAUGAAGAGUAUCAGGCUCAGCGUUAUGAGGCUGCCUCCACCCUGUAUGGUGAACAUACACUCCAAGCUUACAUCAACCAAUUUGAGCGUCUCGCCACCGACCUGGCCACGGAUGCCAAAACCGAGUCCUUGCCAAUGCCCCCGUUGGACGUGUCUACCACCUGGGACUACCCCUUCCCCGUACUGCUGGACACUGCUCCUGGUAAGGCCCACAUUGGUGACGUCAUCCAGGAUGUCAAGACUGCGUACAAGGCUGGUGAGGUGGUGGCUGCAUCAUUCCACGCCGGUAACCCGCGUAACAACCUGAUGACCAAUGCCACCUUCUUGACUGUUGAGGUUGCCGUUGGCCCUAACAAAUGGAAGGUCAUUCGCUCUGAUGGCAACUGGGAUACGCUCUUCCACUGGGAGAAAACGAACAAGGUCGACUCUCACAGCACAGCCACCAUUGAGUGGCGCACUGCCCCCAACACACCUGCCGGUCUCUAUCGUCUGCGUCACUUCGGCUACUACCAUCCUUUCCUCCGCCAUGCCAAGCCUUACAGUGGCACAUCCAGUGAAUUCCACAUCGUUGCUGCUUGAAUACAACUACAAAUGCGGAGUGCUUUGUGAGCAAUAUUUUCAAAAUUAGGUUGCCCGCUUUCUAUUUUCAUGUACGUUGAAAUUUUGUAUCUCCAGAACUGAGCUCACACUGCAUUGUAUAUCUUAAUACUUGAGAACGAACGUAAUUCGUUGUAUUGAUAUUUAAUAGUUGCACGGGUGCAUCACGUUUGUUGUUGGCCUGGGAAGUUGAUGUAUGAAUCCUAUUCAUUUUCUGUCACUUCCAUUCUCACUUUUA